GUUUGAAGCCGCACCAUGGGCGGAGAUCUCUGCUGUUUCCUUCAAAAAUCAACCGAUCAUCCUCCUCCGGGAAACGGCGCCCGUGCAGAGCGAUUUUAGCAGAAUGUCAGUACUGAAGUGAGUUUGUGUAUGAGGGACACAUCAGAAUGACGGUCUGGACCAGUGAUGUGACUUCACAGCUGAAGGGUUAAUAUCAGUUUGUCAAAACAUCUUUCAGUCAACACAUGCUUCAGAAGAGCAUUCCUACUCGCAGCGUCCUCUCACAUCUCCUCUGGAUACAAUCUCUGGAUUGACCCCGUCCAAACAUCCACGACACAUCUUCACAGGACAGGGUUUACAUGUGUUGUCGUCCAUCGCUGGUCCAACUCAACAAGGACAUGGAGCCCAACAUGGAGUACAUCGUCGCACAGGUCACGCAGAAGGAAGUUGGACGUCGGUUUCAGGUGGGACCAGAAAUCAUUGAGUACAUCCUGGACCGACACAAGUCGCAUGAUUUGGAACAGGAUCAGACCAUGUUGGACCGGAUGGUGGACAGUCUGGCCACUUCGUGGGUCAACUCAAGCAAUUUCAAGGUGGCUUUACUAGGGAUGGAUAUAGUGUCUGCAUUAAUAACAAGAUUACAGGACCGCUUCAGAACACAAAUAGGAACAGUUCUUCCCAGUUUAAUAGACCGUUUAGGUGACUCUAAAGAUCAGGUGCGAGACCAAGCGCAGACGCUGCUGUUAAAAACGAUGGACCAAUCCGCCAAUCCACAGUAUGUAUGGGACCGAAUGCUGGUGGGAUUUAAACACAAAAACAGUCGGACCAGAGAAGCUGUUUGCUUUUGUCUUAUUUCAACUCUUAAUGUAUAUGGAGCUCAAGGUUUAACUCUUAGCAAGAUUGUUCCUCAUAUUUGUCAUCUGUUGGGAGACCCCACGAGUCAGGUUCGAGACGGUGCGAUGAGGUGUCUGGUGGAGAUUUACAGACAUGUGGGAGAGAGAGUUCGCAUGGAUCUGGGGAAAAAGGGUCUUCCACAAUCACGGUUGAAUUUGAUUUUCAGGAGGUUUGAUGAAGUUCAGAGGUCUGGGAAUAUGAUUCCAUCCGCAGAUAAAAACGUUGACGAUGAUGAUUCUGUGGAUGGAGGACGUUCGUCGUCUUCAUCUAAAGGAGCGUCGUCGGUUCGCCGGACGGGAUCCACGCGGCGGCCGAGCUCCGCCUCCAGCACUAAGAGCUCAGGUAAAGAAGGUUCUGCCGCUGGAGCUGUUGAUGAAGAAGAUUUCCUCCGUGUCUUUGAGGACGUGCCUGCUGUACAGAUUUACUCCGGUCGAGAGCUGGAGGACUCCAUGAACAAGAUCAGAGAAAUUCUCUCAGAUGAUAAACACGACUGGGAACAACGAGUGGCCGCUCUGAAGAAGGUUCGGUCGCUGCUGUUGGCCGGCGCGGUCCAUCAUGAGGGUUUUUCUAAUCAGUUGAGACAGCUUGAAGGAGCUUUUAAACUGUCCGUCAAAGAUCUGCGUUCACAGGUGGUGCGUGAGGCCUGUAUCACACUAGGUCAUCUGUCGUCAGUGUUGGGGAAUAAGUUUGAUCACGGAGCUGAAAGCAUCAUGCCAAUGUUACUGAAUCUGGUCCCUAACAGCGCUAAAGUCAUGGCCACGUCUGGAUUCGCUGCCAUUCGUCUUAUCAUACGACACACACACUAUCCUCGACUCAUUCCCAUCAUGACCAGCAACUGCACGUCUAAAUCAGUGGCUGUCAGACGGCGGUGUUUUGAGUUUUUGGAUCUUAUGCUGCAGGAGUGGCAGACGACGUCUUUAGAGAGGCACAUCAGUGUCCUCAUGGAAACCAUUAAGAAAGGCGUUCAUGAUGCUGAUUCUGAAGCCAAAUCAGUCGCCAGGAAGUGUUACUGGGGUUUUCAUUCUCACUUCAGUAGAGAGGCGGAGCAUCUGUUUCAGGCCCUCGAGCUGACCUAUCAGAAGGCUCUGCAGUCUCACCUGAAGAGUUCUGACAGCGUCUCGUCUCUCCCUCAGUCCGACCGCUCGUCCUCCAGCUCUCAAGAGAGUCUCAAUCGACCGGCAUCUGUUAGGACACCCGUCGGGAGCAAUUUAAGCAGAACGAAGUCAGUGAGUUCCCGCACGUCCACUGCGGCCGGUUCGAUGCAGCGCUCUCGCAGCGAUGUCGAUGUAAACGCAGCGGCCAGCGCAAAAUCCCGUAUGCCGGCUGUACCCACGGUCACCCCCUUCAGUUCAGCCGCAGCGCUGCCGCCCGGCUCCUACGCUUCACUGGAUGGCGCUGGUGAUGCGGAGGGUCGCGUGCGAACAAGACGGCCGAGUUCAGAGAAAGCUGCUGCGGGCCGGGCCUCUGUGACGGACAGCAGGGGGCGGAGCCGAGCCAAAGUUGCGUCCCAAUCACAACCCGGCAGUCGCUCGACUUCACCCGGAAAGCUCGUGGCUCGUUCUUACGGAAAAUUCCCUCGAGCUGCCGGAACGCCGUCAGACAGACGCAGUAAGAUCCCGCGGAGUCAAGGCUGCAGUCGAGAGACCAGUCCCAGACGUGGCAGAGAUGCGCGGGGCAGUCGUAUCCCGAGGCCCAGCAUGAGUCAGGGUUGUAGUCGUGACACCAGUCGAGAGAGCAGUCGUGACCCCAGCCCGGCACGAGCGUUCAGUUCGCUGGCAUCCCACAGGCACUCUCGCUCCACCAGCGCUCUGACGGCAGGUGACGUGCUGCAGACAGAUCGCUUUGGUCUGAUUCAUCAGGCUCGUAUCUCAGCGUCUGUUAAUGCCAUGAGAGUAUUGAACACCGGUUCGGAGGUGGAGGCUGCUGUUGCUGAUGCUCUGCUUUUAGGAGAAUCUAGGAAUAAGCGGAGGCCGAUGUGCCGGCGCUUCGAGUCUCCUGGAAUGUGUUCUGACGACGAUGCCAACAGUGACGCGUCCAGCGCGUGUUCAGAGCGUUCCUACGGCUCACGCAACGGCGGGAUUCCACAUUACCUGCGUCAGACGGAGGACGUGGCCGAGAUUCUGAACCACUGCGCCAGCUCCAACUGGUCUGAGAGGAAAGAGGGACUCCUGGGACUCCAGAACCUUCUGAAGAGCCAAAGAAUCCUCAGUCGUGUGGAGCUCAAGAGACUGUGUGAGAUCUUCACCAGAAUGUUCGCAGAUCCGCACAGCAAGAGAGUGUUCAGCAUGUUCCUGGAGACGCUGGUGGAUUUCAUCUCCGUUCACAGAGAAGAUCUUCAGGACUGGUUGUUCGUUCUGCUCACGCAGCUCUUGAAGAAGAUGGGAGCAGAUCUUCUGGGCUCCGUCCAGGCUAAAGUUCAGAGAGCGCUGGAUGUCACCAGAGAUUCUUUCCUGUAUGAUCAGCAGUUUAACAUCCUCAUGCGCUUCAUCGUUGAUCAAACGCAGAUGCCGAACCUCAAGGUGAAGGUGGCCAUCCUGAAGUACAUUGAGUCUUUGGCCAGACAGAUGGAUCCCUCAGACUUUGUGAACUCCAGCGAGACGCGUCUGGCCGUCUCUCGGAUCAUCACGUGGACCACAGAGCCGAAGAGUUCAGACGUGAGGAAGAGCUGCUGGAUGAAUGAGGAGAUGUCGGGCAGGAUCACUGUGACCUCCCUGCCGGGAGAUGGUAACCUGGAGGAGAGAUGUAAGCAGGCUGCUCAGACGGUGUUGAUCUCGCUGUUUGAGCUCAACACUCCGGAGUUCACCAUGCUGUUGGGUGCUCUGCCCAAAACCUUUCAGGACGGAGCCACGAAACUGCUUCACAAUCAUCUGAAGAACAGCAGCAUCUCCACUGCAGCGGCGUCGCCCAGCAGCACUAUGGGACGCCCACCAUCAAAACACCCCGUGACCCGCGCGAGUCCUCUGACGUCGCCCACCAGCUGUUCACACGGGGCACAUUCACCCAGUCAUUUCUGGGCCUGGAGCUCAAAGUCUUCCUCUCCCCUCACACCCCCCCACCCCGGCCCCGCCACCCCCCCUCUCCCGGCUCAUCGGAGAGCUCACUCGCCCAGUAUGUUGGAGUGCGACACGGAGAACAUGAACUCGGAGGAGAUCUUCAGCUCUUUGAGAGGAGUAACAGAAGCCAUUCAGAGCUUCAGCUUCCGCAGUCAGGAGGAGAUCCCAGAGCCAAUCAAACGCGACGGCAGGCGGGACGAUCCCACGGGUGUGAUGUCAUCGUGUACGGACUCGCGUCUGUCAGCAGGAGGAACUGAAGGAGGUCGAACCGCUCUGGACAAUAAAACAUCUUUAUUAAACACGCCGUCUCAGCGCUCCUUCAGCGGCCCGUGGACACGAGAGUACAACCCUUACAACUACAGCGACUCCAUCAGCGUCUCUGAGAAAGAAACUCCUGUCGGGUUUGACACCGCCGAGCUCGGAGACGGCCGUCACGGCUGCGGUGAGAACAAGACAUCGCAUGCUAGAAGCUUUUCUGCAGGGCCCAGUCAGCAGUCGGAGAUGGUUGGUGACCUGCUGAAGGAGCUGUCCAAUCACAGCGAGCGUGUGGAGGAGAGGCGGGCCGCUUUGCUGGAGUUACUGAAGGUUACUCGUGAUGACGGACGGGUGAUGUGGGAGGAGCAUUUUAAAACCAUGCUGCUGUUGCUGCUGGAGACGCUGGGAGACAACGAUCACACGAUCCGAGCGCUCGCUCUGCGUGUUCUCAAAGAGAUCAUGCGCAGUCAGCCUGCACGCUUCAAGAACUACGCAGAGCUCACCAUCAUGAAAACACUGGAGGCUCAUAAAGACGGACACAAAGAGGUGGUCCGGGCUGCUGAAGAGACGGCGUCAGUGCUGGCCGGCUCCAUUCACUCUGAGCAGUGUGUCAAAGUUCUGUGUCCCAUCAUCCAGACGGCGGAUUACCCCGUCAACCUCGCCGCCAUUAAAAUGCAAACCAGAGUCAUCGAGCGCAUUUCCCAGGAUUCCCUGCUUCAGCUCCUGCCCGACAUCAUCCCGGGACUGCUGCAGGGCUAUGAUAACACGGAGAGCAGCGUUCGGAAGGCCAGCGUGUUUUGUCUGGUGGCGAUUUAUUCUGUGAUUGGUGAAGAUCUGAAGCCGCACCUACAACAGCUCACCGGCAGCAAGAUGAAACUGUUGAAUCUCUACAUCAAACGGGCUCAAACCACCACCAGCACCAGCAGCAGUUCUUCAGAUAUCUCAUCUCACAGCUGAUCUCAGACCCAUUCCCUCCCAUCCGUCUUCAAACGCUCUCCAGCACGUCGAACUCGUGCCGUUGUGUCUGGUGUAAGUAGAUGCUGUUAGAGCACACGUGUGAAGAUGUUUUAUUAUACACUUGAACAGCCGUCGCCUUUGACUUUAAACAAACAUGAUUUGAUCUGUGCCUGCGUAAGAAAACCACCAGAAGAACAUUUCCCCUCACAAUCAGUGUUUUUUUAUUUAUUUUGAAGCUUUCUUGUGGUGUUUAUCCACCUCACAUGUUUAUCGUUCCAUCAGAUCGGCCAAUCACAGGUGUGGGGUUUAUUUGAUCAAUGUGUCAUUUUAGCUGAUUUUAUUUGGUUGGAGAAACAAACGCCGCUGCCUCUGAGUUGAGUAUUAGAAUGAAUGAAAAUUCUGUUUGGAUGUUGAAAAAUAUGCAAGAACAAAAGAUUGUAUUUGUACAUUAUUGUUUUAUUUGGUUGAUAACAUUUCAUUCUGUUCUGGAUUCGUGAACGGUUUCAGGACCAUGACAUUUCAACACUAAUAGAGAGUUUUUCUUUUGUGAAGACGUUGAUUUUAUUUGAUUCAAAUGUUCCUACAGAAAUGUGUGCAUUUGGCCUUUCCCAGGUAGAGAUUCCACUGUUAACAUUAGAAACCUACUGACUGUAAAGGCAAAAAUACCUGUGGAGUUCUGGGCUGUUCGGAGAAGAAAAUGUGAACAAAAAUAAUCCAAAUUGGAUUUUAUUAGUCAAGUUGUUGUUUAUACCCAGUUUUGUGGUUUGAAAUCUCGGUGCUUAAUUGUUUCACACUGAAUGUUUAACCUUAUAUGAUAUUUACAGUUUUAUUUCGUUUUUAUUUUCGUGUUUCGACAAGGAAAAUGACACUACAAAUAUCCUAAAGCUCUUGUUAAAAAUCCCAAAGAACGAUUCUCUCACACACACACACACACACACACACAAAAGGAUUUAUUUAGAAGUAGAAAAAUGAUCAAAUAUGGUAUAUUUAAAACUAGAAUUGGCUAUUUAAAAGAUCUUUUGCAUGAAAACAGUUUAAGAAAUCAUUUUAGUCUAUUAGUGCUUAUUAAAUUAAAAAUGAUUUAGAAACAUUAAAGAUGCCAACAUCUGUAUGACAUCCGUUUGUAAAGUGAACACUUCUAUCAUAGGACGCUAGAAACACAAAGUAUUUAUGACUGAUGAUCACUAACUGAAAUCACAUGACAGAGAACAACAUCCAGAGCUUCACACGACGCGCUUUACUUUGCUUUUGAUGCUUUUUCUUCAUAUUCAUAUUCGCGUCUGUAUUUAUUUGAUUCUUUGUACACGUGACCUGUUUUGCUUUGACCGUCACACGUGUAGAAUAAGAAAUCUGUAAACUUGAUUUGCUUUCGAUAAACAAACCCUUAAAGUUG